UUGACUGACCAUUCAGUGUUUGAAAGCACACUCGCAACGUAAGAAGCAACUGAGUUCAGCAGAGAUUAUAUGUAUAGCCACAAUGGUGGAAUUCUGGGGCAUCUUUGUAGUAUUUUCCGCCUGCGCUGCAAUCCAGCUGACUGAGUCGCGAAUUCAGCACGCUUACCGUCCAACCAGUCUCAGCGACUCCGAUGAAUUAUCGGACAUAUCAAAUAGUAUAAGCGACUCCUCAAAAGAUGAAUCAAGCUCAUUUAUACAAGCAAAUAUGUAUGAGGACACUUCGGUUACUUCUACGCGUGCAACGCAAGAGACGGAAGCGAAUACAGUACCUCACGUAGAACAUUCAACAGUAAACGAAUCAACCGAAUCAAAUGUGGAGGGCACAACCCCUAGCGCAACUACACGGAAAAUACGUUUGAGCUUAAGUGAAAGGCGUGAAGCAUUACAUGUAAUAACCUACAAUUUAUUGUUGGAAUAUUCGAAAGAUUACGUUAGUAAAACACGGGACGUCAUGAAGAAACUUAUACUUGAACUCGAAUCGUUAACCGAGAAAAGUGACGAUGUUAAGGAGAAACUAACUGAACUGAAAGCUACUCUACAAGAAUUGGAGGGUUUUGAUAUAGAAUCCGAUGACUUAGAAGGAGCCUCCGAAAUUGUCACUAAAUUGAAUGAUGAGCUUGAUGAACCUGUAAAUGAGCCACCAGAGAUGGUCGCCGCGCUCAGAAAAGUUGGUUGGAUGGAUAUGCGCUUCGAGCUGGGCGAUGAAGUGGUUGCAAUUACCGAUAAAUUUGUCAUAAUAUUCAAUCAAUUUGUGGCUACACUAACGCCGUGGGAGCGACUGACGGAGGCCGACUUAGUCGAUCUGAACAAACGGUUUAACGACGACACAACUGUUGACCGUUGGGAUUUGUUCCCUGAGUUUUGGGAAUAUUUAACAGGGAUCUAUAACUAACGUAAUCGGAACAUGUAUAAACGAAUCUCUCUUAUUUUGUAUAAAAUUACUAUAUUAUUUGUUGACUUGUAGAAAUUUUAUUGAAGUCUUAGAAUCAAGUUUUAAAUACAUAAAUUUCAUUAGAUU